AUGAAACGAGCGGCCGACGAACAGACGCUCAAGGAGCAGCCGACGGAAGAAAGGGUCGUCCCGCCAGCCAAGCCGCUGCUGCCGGAGGAGGUGGAGCUCGUGGGAAUACACCGCGACAUCACGCAACACCUGCUUGGCACCGUCGCCCUGGACAACGGCUACAGCUUCGUUAAGCUUGGCCUUCCGUCGCUGGAGUACACCCUCCCGGAAGGCGCUGACGAUGUCGACUACGACGCGCAGUAUGCCAGGCUACGCGACAUGAUUGACGCCGCGCUGUUCCCGGAUGAGCUGCUGCAGGCGGAGUACGUCAACGUCGGUGGCGUUGACAGCGCAGGCCACGAGGUCACCGACGUGAAGCACUCCAUAAGGAAAAUCGACGAGGUCAUGGAGCGCGAAGCCAAGUACGUGGAAGAGGACGACCCGAAGGCCGCCGAAGAGCGCGCUGAUGACGCCAUGGAGGUGGACACCAGCAUGUACAACGACAACGACGACCAUCUCGUUGGCGACUACAACUACUCCUUCUGCGAUGAGGACGACGGGUUCUGA